CUCCCCUGAGCCCAGGACCCCCAAGCCUCACAUCCUUUCCCUCAGGAUUUUCAAGCAGGCCUCCCAGCUCCCUCCUCCCCAGGAGGUUAGAGUCACAGCCUCAGAUCUUUCUCCGCCAUCCCACGAGUGGGUCAGAGCUUUUUCCUUAAGAAUGUCGGGAUCCUAACCAGGAAGAUGUCCCCCACAAGAAAAUUCCUCGAUCUAGAGCUCUGUCCCAGCUUCCUCUGUCCCCCAACUCCAUCCUCCCGGCAACACCUCCUUCUCCUGGUUCUCAAAACAAGAUCUCAGGCUCCUCCCUCCGCCGUCCUCUCAGCUCCACCCUCUUCCUCAGAGGCCACCAUGGGACGCCCCCCACCCUGUGCAACCCAGACAUGGAUCCUUCUGUUUCUGCUGAUGGGAGCGUGGGCAGGACUCACCAGAGCUCAGGGCUCCAAGGUCCUGGAGGGUCAGGAGUGUGAACCCCACUCCCAGCCUUGGCAGACAGCCUUGUUCCAGGGACCGCGACUGGUCUGCGGGGGUGUCCUGGUAGGAGACAAGUGGGUCCUCACUGCAGCCCACUGCAAAAAACAGAAGUACUCAGUGCGCCUGGGAGAUCACAGCCUGCAGAAUCGAGAUGCCCCAGAACAGGAGAUCCAGGUGGCUCAGUCUAUCCAGCAUCCUUGCUACAACAAUAGCAACCCAGAGGAUCACAGUCAUGACGUAAUGCUCGUUCGAAUGCGCCGUUCAGCAAACCUCGGGCCCAAAGUGAAGCCCAUCAAACUGGCCAAUCUGUGUCCCAAAGUUGGCCAGAAGUGCGUCAUAUCAGGCUGGGGCACUGUCACCAGUCCUCGAGAGAACUUUCCGGACACCCUCAACUGUGCAGAAGUGGAAAUCUUUUCCCAGAACAAAUGCGAGAAGGCUUACCCCGGGAAGGUCACCGAGGGUAUGGUCUGUGCCGGCAGCAGCAAUGGCGCUGACACUUGCCAGGGUGACUCAGGAGGCCCGCUGGUGUGCAAUGGAGUGCUCCAGGGUAUCACAUCCUGGGGCUCGGACCCCUGUGGGAAACCGGAGAAACCCGGUGUCUACACCAGAGUCUGCCGCUACGUCGACUGGAUCAAGAAGACCAUGAACUACAGGGACUGAUCCUGGUGGCAGAGGUGGCAAUAAACACGGGCUUUGGCUGACUCCUUGGCUGUACUCUGGCCUGUGUUUAGGAAGGAGGGAAAGGGCUAUAGCUUGCUAGCAGAUUUGGUGUCCCUGGUUCCUGUGGCUUCUGUGCCCAUUCCAUUGCCUGAGACCUUGAGAGACUUGGGCAUGGGAGCACAUGUCUGUCAUUCAAGCACGCAAGAGGCUGAGGCCGGAAGAUAGAGAGUUUGAGUCCAGCCUCAGCAACAUAGUGAGUUUGGGCCAGCCUGAGCUAUAUGAGCUUAAAAAGGAGAAGCAGGGGAAAAAACAACUUGAGUUAGUGGGAAGAGUUACUCCAAAGGAUCAAAAAAAUUUAAGAAUGUUUAAAUAUCCAGGCUUCUGGUCUAUGGAAGAAAAAAAUGUUUUAUUUUUUCCUUCCCCACUUCCUUAUGAGACAGGGUAUCGUUAUACAGGACAGACUGGCCUCAAAAUCCAGAUUCUGAUGCCUCAGCCUCCUGAGUGCUGUGAUGGGGAGAGAGGACCACCACGCUUAGAGUCUCCAUCAUGUCUUAAAAGUUGGUGCUGGGGUUGAUCUCCAGGCUCUCCCCAUGUCAGGCAACUACUUUGCCUCGAAAUCAUGUCUUUAGCCCCUAACUGGGGGGUCUAGGCAGAAGCUCUGCCACUGAGUUACACUUAUAGCCCCUCACUGGGGGAUUCUAGGUAACUCUACAACUGAGAUACACCCACAGCCCUUUUAAUUAGAAAAAAAAGCCUUUAUCAUUGUGAGCAUGGCGUGUGUGGGGUGUGUGUGUGCGCGCACACACGCACAUGCAGCACACAUCAUACAUAUGGAGAUCAGGUGACCACUUCAUGAAGUUGUUUCCCUCAUCCCCCCUUUCCAUGGGUUCUAGGCAUCAAAUCCAGGUGAGCACUCACACCCCUGACUCAUCUUGUCAACCCCACAGGACUGUUUUUUAAUACUCUCUACUUCUAGACACUAGGUUGUCCACAUUGACUGGAACUUUGAACAGACUGUGUAGCCGCCGCAGGCCAUGACUGUACAAUCCUGCUGCCUCAGCCGCUCCACAGCUGAAACUGUAGCUCUUCACCACCAGAACUGGCUGUGUUUUCUCAUUUGUUCAUUUGUUGAGAUGGUCUCACAAAGCCCAAGUUGGUCUCGGUUUUGAGCUUGAUACAUAGCCAAGGAUGGCCUUGAACUCCUGAUCCUUCUGCUUCCACCUCCUAAGCCAUGGGGUGAAACCAUGCCUGGCUAUACAUUUCAGGUUUAAUAUGACAUUCUAAUAGAAUUUUAAAAUGUUUUUAUUUUAUGUGCAUGGGUGUUUUGCCUGUAUGUAUGCGUAUGUAUCACAUGUGUGCAGGGGCCAUGGUAGGCCUUGGACCCCUGGAACUGGAGUUACACGUGGUUGUGGUGGGUCCUCUGAGAGAGCAGCGCACUGCUCUUACCCCGAGCUGAGCUCUCUAUCCAGCCUCUCGACAUAAUACUUUUAACGUGAUGCCUUAACUUUAUUCUUUAAGUGCCUAUGGGUACAAUUCUAGCGACAUGAAUGCUGUGGGGUAACUCACGGCUUUCAGACUGAACUCAAGGCCUGCUCCACAGGGUGAAGUGUGCACCUAGAACUGUAAAUCUGGCCAAGAACUCGGGAAUUAAAAAUAAAUAAUAUUCAGCAUUUUAAACUAUUUGUUUUGUUUUUAUUUAUGCACAUUUUCUAUGUGUAUAUGUGGCAUCUGUCUGCAGAGGCUGGAGGAAGACACCAGAUUCCCUGGAGCUGGAGUUACACAGAGGGCUGUGAGCUACCAUGUAGUUUCUGAAAACGGAACCAGCUUUCUCUGCAAAGGCAUCGAUCCCCCACUCCCCAUGUGUGUGUGUUUCUCCGUGUG